GUUCCCAGUGUGGUGAAUUCAAUGGAACACUUGACUAAGUAUGAUAUGUGUGCAGUCUAGUUCGCUGAAAAAAAAAUCUGGGCCUAAGUCUCUUUUCACCGUUCACAUAGAGUUGUAUCAGCAAAGAGUCACUAACAGAUCAUUUCUGAAUACAAAGCGUAACGUUAUCAAGGAUUUAAACCAUUGUCUUUCCGCUAAGAUAGAAGUUAUGGUGACUAAAAAAAACUAUUGCUUAUGGAGCGGCGGGUGCCGUUGUGUUUGGGGUUACAGCCAUUGCGACAGGUCCAGUGAUUCUGCCAUUAAUAGGAUUCACUUCUGGUGGCAUUACUUCUGGAUCCGCCGCUGCAUCAAUAAUGUCCGCGGUCUACACCAAGGGAGUCGGCAUGGCGGCCCUCUCCGCCCUGCAGUCGGCUGGCGCCCUAGGGACAGUGGGUACCACGGCCACUGUGGCCACCUCUGCCGUGGGAAGUUAUGCAGGGAUACUGAUGAAACGUUGGCUGAAGAAAUAAAAGUUAUCAGUACAUUAUAUAAUAAUAUUCAAACUUUGGUGUUCUGUUUAUGUGUAGUUUGGAGUGGGCUUGUAUUCUGGGCUGUCCCUUGAUGAUUCUACUUUAUC